AAAUAAGUUAUUUGUUCGUGUUAUACAAACUCGCUAGAAAUGCGUAAGAAACAGACAGAUGAAAUACCAGGCUUUCCGUCAUUGGAACAAAGUGGCACCAGUGGCGGCAACGAUGAUAUUCUUAAAACCAAACCUAAAUCGAAAAAGAGCGGUGGCUUCCAAUCGUUGGGUUUGGGAUUCGAGUUACUGAAGGGUAUAACUAAACGUGGCUAUAAGGUGCCCACUCCCAUUCAGCGAAAAACCAUUCCAUUGAUUUUGGAGGGACGCGACGUUGUUGCCAUGGCUAAAACAGGCUCCGGCAAAACCGCCUGCUUUCUAAUCCCUUUAUUCGAAAAGUUGCAACGCCGCGAGCCCACUAAAGGUGCACGUGCCUUGAUCCUAUCUCCAACGCGAGAGUUGGCGGUGCAAACGUAUAAAUUCAUCAAGGAUCUCGGCCGAUUUAUGGAACUGAAGACGAUCCUAGUGCUGGGCGGUGAUUCCAUGGACUCGCAAUUCUCAGCCAUUCACACAUGCCCAGAUAUUAUUGUGGCUACGCCUGGUCGAUUCCUGCAUUUGUGUGUGGAAAUGGAUUUGAAGCUAAACUCAAUAGAGUACGUGGUCUUCGACGAGGCAGACAGGCUCUUCGAAAUGGGCUUCGGCGAGCAGUUGAACGAGACGCUGCAUCGCUUGCCAUCCUCGAGACAAACGGUCAUGUUCUCGGCAACGCUGCCAAAACUUCUGGUUGAAUUCGCACGGGCUGGUCUCAGCGAUCCUGUGCUCAUCCGUCUGGAUGUUGAGUCGAAGCUGCCAGACACACUAUCUCUUAAAUUUCUUUAUUGUCGACCAGAUGAUCGCUACACUGCGUUGGUGGUGCUGCUAAAAUAUGUGAUUCCUCAAGAGGCUCAGACAGUCGUCUUUGCCGGAACACAACAUCACGUCGAGCUCAUUUCAUUUAUACUUACUCAUGCGGGCAUAUCAAAUACCUCAGUGUAUUCCAGUUUGGAUCCAGCUGCCCGUAAAAUCAAUACUGCUAAAUUUGCCAGCAAAAAGGUUUCGGUUCUCAUCGUCACAGAUGUGGCUGCACGUGGCAUUGACAUACCCAGCUUGGACUAUGUAGUAAACUUGCAUUUCCCUGGCGUGCCAAAGCUGUUUGUGCAUCGCGUGGGCCGUUGCGCUCGUGCCGGACGCACUGGCACAGCCUACUCUAUAUUCUCCACAGACGACACAGCUCACUUGCUGGACUUGCACUUGUUUUUAAAUCGGCCGUUCAAUAUCAAUGAUAACGCAUCUAUUGGCACCAUACCACAGGACUUGCUGGAGGAGGAAUACCUGACCGUGAACGAAAUCAAGAAGAGCCAUCAUAUAGCAGGCGUAUUGCGGACAAGUGAAAAUGCAUACAAGAAGUACUUGAGCUCGCGUCCUACAGCAUCUACAGAUGCGAAUGCUCGUGCCAAGAAGAUCAAGUUCUUUGCUUUAAAGACACUCGAGGACUUCUUUAACGCCGCGCCUGUGCUGGAGCAAGCUGCUAAAAUUUCUGGCCAGAAACUGGAUGAUGAGUCUAGGGCCGAUGUUGCGGAGUGCGAGCGUAAAUUGGAAAAUGAAAAACACGAUAUCUUAGUCAAGAUGCGGAACUUCCGACCGAGUGGUACAAUCUUUGAAUUGAAUACGACUCAAAAGUCGGUGCCUUUUGUUGUUAUGAAGGACAAACGUUCACAUCACACAGAAGUCAUUGAAAAGUUUCGCCAACAACGCGCUAAGGAGGACAUCGAUGAGGUGCAAAAGGUCGUGGAUGCCCAGAAGCCAAGCACCAUUUCAACAGCUGAUGAUGAGUCGAUUUCCAACACAUUUAAAAAGGUCGUCGCGCCAAAAAAGCGACAGAAUAUGGAUGCUCUAUACGCUGACAAGCCUAAGAAGAAGAAACGCAAAGUGCAAGUCAAGGAUGAGGAGAACUAUGUGCCUUAUCAGUCGGCAGAUAAACACACCGAAGAUGGCCUCGCCAUCAACUCGUUCGAACGUCAAGCACGGAACGCCGAGUUCUCUGUUUACGAACGCAACCCAGCACAGGAUGUGAAGCACAAGCCGGGACUCAAGAAAUGGGAUCGAAUCAAAAAGAAAAUGGUCUCCGUUCAAGAUCCGCGCGCAAACAAAAUACGCACAGAGUCCGGCGCUUGGAUACCCGCUUCGUUCAAGACAGGUCGCUACACCGAGUGGAAGGAGAAGUCGAAGAUCGAGGAGCAGUUGCAGCGUGAAAACGCGGGCAGCGACGACGAGAACUUCAAGCCGCUGUCUCAUGCGCAACGCUAUCCUGUGGGCCGGCACGCUCGCUACAAUGCCAAACUGGAGUUGAAGAAGCGCAUCAGCGGAAACGACAAGGAGCUGCGGAAGCCGGAACAGAUUGUAAAGUCGCGAAUGCGUCUGGAGUUCAUCAAGAAGCGUCAAGAAGAAAAUAUCGCCAAAAAAGCUGAAAACCGCAAGCGAAGCAUGCGUAAAAAUCAGAGGCCAAAAGCAGCGCCACAGAAGAAAGCCGGCAGCACCAAGAAACGCAAGUAAUCCCGGAUGAAUAGGCAAUGGAAUAUUUUUUAGAUGAGCUGAAAUAAUCUGAUAGCUGUACAUAAAUAAAGACUAUACUUUUAUAUGCCUA